GAUCGAGUCAAAGCCGCCGGAAAAAGGAAACGGCACAUCGAUCCACUCCGGCAAUAUGGUGAGCUCACCACUCCAUCCCCGCAAGCACGUCCUCAAACCCCUCUACCAGCUGCUUGUGAACAACUUCCUCGCCGUCGUCGUCGUGCCGGUCACAGUCGCCGGCGUUCUCGGCAAAGCCGCGCAACUCGGCCCCGACGAGCUACUCACCCGGCUCCAUGGCUUGCGGCAGGUUCACAUUUUCCUGGCCGUCUUCCUCCCGUUGGCCUUGGUCGCCCUCUCUGUCAUGCGCCGCCCUCGCAGCGUGUACCUCGUGGACUACGCUUGCUGCCGACCAAACCCCAAUUGCCGCGUAUCAAUCGCCUCCUUCACGGAGCAUGCUCGCCAUAUACCCAACCUCGACGGCGGCGGCUUCCGCUUCUUGACCCGCAUGCUCCACCACUCGGGCCUCGGCGACCAAACCUACCUCCACCCUUCCUUGCACCAUAUCCCACCGUGCUGCUCUCUAGACGAAAGCCGCGACGAGGCGGAGCAGGUCAUCUUUGCCGCCAUCGACGACCUGCUCGCCAAGACGGGCAUAAGUCCCGGAGCCAUAGACAUAAUCGUCACCAACUGCACCGCCUUCAACCCAACGCCGAGCUUCACCGACAUGAUCAUAAACAAGUACAAGCUCAGGAGUGACAUACGGGACACCCACAUCUCCGGGAUGGGGUGCAGCGCGGGGGUGAUCUCCCUCGAGGUCGCCAGGAACCUCCUGCAGACGGUGCCGCGUGGUGGGCACGCCCUGGUGGUGUCCACGGAGACCACCAAUCUCAUCAACUAUACCGGCAAGAACCGGGCGAUGCUGCUGCCAGCCGUGCUGUUUCGCAUGGGCGCGGCGGCGGUGUUGCUAUCGACGUCCAGGUCCAAGGCCCGGUUCCGGCUCACGCAUGUCGUGCGGACGCUCACCGCCGCGCAAGACAGAGCUUACCGGUGCGCGUACCUGGAGGAAGACGAGGAGGGACAAACAGGGAUAAACCUGUCCAAGGACCUGGUGGCGAUCGCCGGCGACACGCUCAAGGCAAACAUCGUCGCCAUAGGGUCCCUGGUCCUCCCACCAUCGGAGAAGCUGCUCUUUGCGCUCUCGUUCCUUGCGCGGAAGGUGCUCAGCAGAAAGAUCAAGCUAUAUGUCCCCAAUUUCCGCACGGCCUUCCAGCACUUCUGCAUCCAUUCCGGUGGCCGGGCGGUGAUCGACGCGGUGCAGACAAGCUUAUGCCUGUCAGAUGUGGAUGUCGAGCCAUCGCGGAUGACGCUUCACCGGUUCGGGAACACGUCCAGCAGUUCAUUAUGGUAUGAACUUGCAUACAUCGAGGCCAAGAGACGGACACGAAAGGGCGACCGAGUGUGGAUGGUCGGCUUCGGCUCUGGGUUCAAGUGCAACAGUGCCGUGUGGGAGUGCAUCAUCGGCUCCCCCGGCAACACAACAACUAUUGGCGCGCCAUGGGCUGAUUCCAUCCAUCGUUAUCCUGUAUAAAACAAAAUGCACGGGAAAAAUGGUCGACGAUCUCCUGAUCCUUACAAAAAUUAUUAUAUUCAUGCAAAACAGAUCUAUGUUUUGUGGUGCAGUUAAGUACUCUACAAGAGAAGACAUGACACCCUUAGCACUGGUGGAGUUUUGGAAAGGGCCCAUGCAUAAAAGUUAAGAAGGCAACUAGCAUCACUCGUGUGGUGUCUGUCCUUGUGGGUGCAUCAUACAAUUAUUGUCUAGUGCAACCCGUGGAUGUGUAACAGAAGUGCUUUCUCAAAAAUUCUAGUGGGCGUGUAACAAAUGCGCU